AUGUUCUAUAGCGGAACAAAAAAUCAAAAACAUGAACAUGGAGUUGGCUUCAUUGUAAAAAAUUCAAUGGUAAAUUCGGUUAAAAAAAUUGAACCAAUCAGUGAUAAAAACUGCUACUUACAAAUCUCGGGAAAAAUUCUGGAUGUCGUGUUUAUCAAUUGCUAUGCCCCGACGGAGUCGGCUGAAAACAACACAAAGGACGACUUCUAUGACUCAUUAGAAAGAACUUUCGACAAACUUCCCAGGAAUUGUAUAACGAUCAUAGUCGGAGAUCUAAAUGUCGAAGUCUGUCGGGAAGAGGUUUUUCAAAGAACAGCGGAAAAGGAAAGUCUUCACCUAGAGAGUAAUAGUAAUAGAAUAAGAUUAAUUAGUUUCGCUGCAUCAAAAGACCUAUAA